CUCCAACAGACACCCCAACAUUCACCACAUAUAAAACCUCUCCAUUUAUUUUAUCACACAAAGAUUUUCUCUCUCCCUUCCCUGUCUUUUCUUUCUCUUUUCGCUUUCUUCUUUUCAAAGAAAAACCACACCAUGACUGAAGAAGAGUGGGUAAACGUGGCCAUGUCCGACGACUCCCUUGUCGUCGAGAUGCUACUUCGUCUCCACCAGGCUCAGCCUUCGCCGACCUUCAGGAAGUCGGCGCCGCCGCUGCGGCUCGAGUGGAGCGUGCGUCAGCGCCGCUCCAAGCAGCUCCCGAGAAAAAAGGCUGACGCCACGCGAGCCAGUCCUACCACGCCGCUUUCUUGGAGUGGCGCCACCUCUGUUAGCGGUGGCGCUGCCGACGGCUUCGAAGAGUCCAGCAAGCCUUCUAAGUCGAUUGACAAUACGAGAUCUAAGGUUGUUGCUACAGGUGAAACUGCCGCUCCUAAGAGGUCAAGAAAGAAGAAGACCUUGGCUGAACUGAGAGAGGAGGAGAGUUUUCUGUUGAAGGAAGGGAGAAGUUUGAAAAAUCAAUUGGCAACCUUACGUCUCACUCUUGAGAAGCAAAGAAAUAGAAAUGAAAGCUUGAAGAGAUUGAAGCUUGAUAUUCUAUCCCCCCAGGUAUUGGAAACAGUUAGACCUUCUCAUGUGUCUCAGGAAGCUCUUUUGAACCAGUGCCAUCAAGUGAAAUCAGCUUGUGAUCCUUCACAAACCCUCUUGCCAGUAAAUGGUACAUGCAGUGCAUCUCAUCCCAACGGUUCUGUGGAACAGGAAGAUAAAAGUAAGGGUUCUUCCUUUGUGCUACCCGAUUUAAAUCUACCGUUUGAUGAUGAUAUUAGCUCGGGGAUUUUAUAUGGAAUAAGCUGAGAAGAAUCAGACGUAAAUCAGGAUUCUUUUUCAACUAAUCAAGUGGAAGUAAGAUCGCCAGUCGCACUUGUGCUUAAUAAUACAUAAUGGUCAGUUCUAACUAACUUGCAAGAUGAGUUAUUGCAAGUACCAAACUGAUAAUCUUCACCGCUUUAACCUAAUGGCGGAAGUUUGUUUUUUAAAUACAUGUAGGUACUGGGGGUGUAGAAAUCCUUUUGUUUUUUAAAUACAUGAAGGUACUGGGGGUGUAGAAAUCCUAACUUAGAUACAGUCAGAUUCUUUCUUCACAGGUUUCUACACCCAAAUAUUCUUUGGGGCAAACCCUCAUUCCUUCUUUUUUUUCUUUUACCUAUUUUUAGGAAAUAUUAACAGAGUUGUAAUUAUUAUAUAGAUAAUUCCAUGUUUUUGCUGUCUUCAAUUAAUCUUUCUGAAUCUAA